UUGAACACAGUGAAGUCAAACGCUCCGACAUCCUGCUAAAGACUCUCCUGCUUUUGGCCAAAAAAAAAAAAGGGAAAAAAAAUCCACCACAAUCAAAUGUGUGUAAAUGACUUCAGUCGAAAGGUCUGCGCUGUGAUCGCAGGAUUAAAUGUGUUCUGUGCUGAUGGUCGCUGCUGCUGCCACACUAAUGUGGUUUCUUAACACACGCCCGCAUUUCGGAGAAGCUGCCCGUCAACUUCCAUUAGUUUAGACCGCAAAUCAUCAUGAUGACUCGGAUUUUCUGGGAUACUAUUUUUCUUAUAAGCGGUUCCCUCUUUACAUUUGGAGCAGGUCCAAGCAAUUCCACGAUUAUUUCCAUUGAUACAAACUCCACUGGUGCACCGAACACAAGCAGCUCUGCAACAACCAGCAGCAGAAGCACGACUACCACAACUAUUGCACCCACUACAACAACUAACAUCCCUCCAGUUAAAAGUUUCCUCUUUACAUUUGGAGCAGGAACGAGCAACUUGAAAAUGACUGACGGCAGUAUUUCCAUUGAUGCAAACUUCACUGAUGCUCCGAACAUUUCAACAAGCAGCUCUGGAACAAGCAGCAGCAGAAGCACAACUAGCACAACUACUACUACAACUAACACCCAUCCAGUUAAAAAGUUUGUGGCCGUGGCUGUUCGGUCUCAUUUUGAUGACUGUCCGGACUCCCACCGCCAUUUCUGCUUCCACGGCACAUGCCGCUUCCUGAUAUUAGAGGAGACGCCUGCAUGUGUGUGCCAUGCAGGCUUUGUUGGGAUGAGGUGUGAGCAUGCAGACUUGCUUGCUGUCGUAGCAACUAAUCACAGACAGCAGACAGUUGCCACAGUGCUGGUGUUGUGUGUGAUUGGGUGUGUUCAUCAUGGUGUUGUGUACACUUUUACACUGCUGGUGGAGGCAGGACUGUCGCAGGCGGAACCGCGCACAUCACUACAUCCCAGAAAAGCACGGAGCGUCCUGCCAUCCUUCUGAGAGUGGUACUAUAUUUAUGAUAUACACAUUAAGGUACUGGUUGCGAGCAAAUCUCACGAUAAAAAUCUGAAAGUAUUUCUCAAUACUUUCCAACUUCCCUGGCCUUUCUCUCAGUUCCAAGACCAUUUGAUCCACAUGGAGAUGUAACCUUUAAGAAACAGGUUACAAAUAUAUAUCGUUUCAUUAUUUUUUUUAAAAGAAUCUAAAAAGUACUGUAGUUUUUUACAGACUUAGUCCAAACACUACUCAACCAGGAGGAAAGAGUGCAUGUGUUGGGGACUAUUUCUAGCGGCAGAUUAAUCCACAUUUAGUGCGCUAGUCAGUAUUUAUAGCAGCAGGGCGAUAAAUGUGGGAUUCACUCCGAAUAAACUACACGGCACAUUUUUUAUAAUCAUAAUGAAGGAAUGUGUAACAAUGCUAGUUUAAUUGUGGAGCUAAUUUAUGUGUUUUCUUUAUAAUGUUUGGAGAACAAAUGAAGCUCUAUGACACAGAGGAAUUGGCUAAAUCAGGUUUUGGCUACACAGAGACAGAUGAUAUUUGUUGACAAUAAUAUAAAUCUAUAACACUUGUCAGCCCUGUUCUUAAAAGGCGUUGUGGUCCUUAUGGAAAACCACAAACAUACUUGUUUAUUAUUUCCCUUUCAGUGGUUUAAAAAGACAUCCUGCUGGAACAUCAGCUGUUUGCAUCAAGGCGUGUUUAGUUUUACUCAUCGGUCCGGCCCACAACUCUUCAGGAUUGCAUCCAAAGAGGUAUACACAUGUUC